CGCCGUUCAGUCAGUCCACUCAAACUCAAACAUCAUCAGCUGUCUGCUCCCCGCCGCCUCGCUCGUCAUCGUGCAUGUUGGCAGGCACAGCGUCAGGCUGCAGCCGCCGGUGCCGCUUCUCGUCGGGCGCAUUCGGAUUCCCACGCGCAUAGAAGCGCUGCAGCAGUGCAAUCGCCUCAUUCCCCAGCAGCCCGCCCUGGCAACCCAGCCCCGGCCAGCUCUCGCUCACCCACUCGUGAAUCGACAUCCCCGGCACAGACCCGCAGCCACCGAACCGCUCGUUGGCGCACCCGUAGAAGACCUUCUUCAGCCCCAGGCACUGCAAAGCCGCCGCACACAUGAUGCACGGCUCCACCGUCACGUAAAGCGCCAGGGAGCCGAACACGGCACGUGCCCGAUGCAGCGUCUGGUCGGGCGGCGAGAGGUCCUCCGACACAGCCGGAGGGACGAGGGAUGGGAGAGGUCUUGUCGAGGGCUGGUGGCUAUGGCCGUGGUGGUGGUGAUGAUGGGCAUGGUGCACGUGGUGGUGCUGCCUGUGUGGCCUUUGGAGGAUCUCGUCGGCAGCCACCAUCUCGCAGUGGCGCGAGGCGUUCCGCGAGCGGUUGGUGUCGUUGUAGGCGCGUGCGACUAUGGAUCCGGUUGGCUGGUGGACGAUGACGCACCCCACGGGCACCUCCCCUGCCUCCAGAGCCUUGUUGGCCUCCUCGAGAGCGGCGCGCAUGAAGCGUUCGUCUGGGCUGAGAUCUUCCUCCACCGAUGGGACAUCGGUGCCCUCACAAGAAAGGGAAGGUUGCUGAAAAGACUGCGCAGCAGCCAUUCUCUUCCGGUAGCG